AAUAUAUAUUUUUCAAGAAAUUAACAACGUAAAAACCGGGAAAAAAAACAAAGUAACAGCCGAAAAAACAAUUUUCCAGACAUUGCAAAGCCAAAAAUACCACAUUUUUCUUUGUUUUUUCAGUUGUCUUGCUCCUCCAGAUCCGUCGGUGAUUUGUUUCCCUUAAAGGAUUCGUAUUUUGAUUUGCAUGGAGCUAUGGAAGAAACAAAGGAGCUGUAGAAUAUAUGGAUUCAUGAUUUUUGGUGUUUAUUUGUGAAUCGAAGAAGGUUGAUAUUUAUCAAUUCGAUUAGGGAUUUGUUGUUGGGUGCUUUUCUUUGUUGUUUUGGGGUGCGAGGAUAGAUGGCAACGGGAGGGAAGGUUGGUCAUAGAAGCAACUUUAAGAGAAGGGGUAGAUCGAAGGACGAGGAUUCGGAUGGUUCGGAUGAAGAUUACGUAGUUUCCGACGAGGAUAAUGAGGAAUCUGAUGAUGAUGUGGAAGAGUAUUGUUCUUCCGCAGAUGUAUGUGCAUCGGAAGAGAGUUUUGGGGGUUUUGUCGACGAGGAAGAGAAAGUGGUGAGGAAGGCUGUUAGGUCGAAAGCUAAACGGAUGCCUCUGGCAAGGAAGAGGAAGAUUGUAGAGAGGAAAAUGCGAAAGCAGAAAGUUGCGUUGGAUGAAGAAGAUGAUGAGACGGAGGAAUAUGAGGUGGUGGUGGUGGAGGAGGAGGAGGAGGAGGGGGAAGAAGAAGAUGAGGAGGAAUAUGAUGAAGAUGACAACGAUGAGGAAUUCACUUUGGACGAAGAAGAUUGUUUUGAUGAGGAAGAGGAAUUGACUGUGACAAAGAAGAAAAACAGUAUGAGAGUUCGUAAGAAAGGUUUGCGGAAAAAGGGUCCUCCUAAACAAAGGAAAAAGUUUAAGAAAUCUGCUGUUUCUAAGAAGCUUUCAAGAAACGGAGGGAGGAAGAAACGAUUGUUGAAAAGGAAAAGGAGGGUCGAGGAAGAAGAUGAUGAGUAUUGUGAUUUUAUAGACAACACUUCAGUUGUGAGAAAAAAGAGCAAAACAAAUGGAGGACGCAGAAACAAGGCGUAUGUUGUACCGUCCGAUUCAGAUUUUGUAUUGUCUGGGGCAUCUGACUAUGAGUAUACCGUCUCAGAGGAAGAAAGAGAGCAAGUUAAAGAAACGAGCCGUAUGUGUGGAAGUUUGAAAACUAGUUUGAGGAGUUCAUCAUCCUCUAAGAUAAUCGACGAGGUUGAGGAGCUAGGCCAGAAUAAGAAACCUCCAGGUAGAAAGGGCAAGGAGAAGGUAGAAGAAAAGAAGGCUGAAGUAAUAAAGCCAGUUUGUGGCAUUUGCCUCUCCGAGGAAGAUAAGCGAAGAUUUAGGGGCACAUUGAACUGCUGCAAUCAUUAUUUUUGUUUCACCUGCAUUAUGGCAUGGUCCAAAGUGGAAUCUCGUUGCCCAUUGUGCAAGCAAAGGUUCGAAACAAUCAGUAAGCCUACUAGAUCAAUGGCGGGGGUUGAUUUGAAAGAGGUGGUGAUUCAAGUCCCCAAGUGUGAUCAGGUCUACCAACCGUCUGAGGAAGAACUCAGAAGCUAUCUGGACCCAUAUGAGAACGUCUUUUGUUCUGAAUGCCACCAAGGUGGGGAUGAUGAAUUGAUGUUACUGUGUGAUCUAUGUGAUUCAUCAGCACACACCUAUUGUGUCGGUCUGGGGCGGGAAGUACCUGAAGGUAAUUGGUACUGUAAUGGUUGCAGGCCUGUAGCUCUUGGUUCUUCUAGUUCCCAAGUUCAAGAUUCUUUGCCUGACCAGAGAACAAACAAUUUGUACAACAGAUUCUCACCUGUUGUAAAUGUAGGAGAAAGUUUAGACUCCAACGUAGUGCCUUCACCUCAUAUGCCUUUAACUCCCGGUUUUGUGGGUCUUUCAUCGCCUAGAUUUCCUAGUGUAGAUGUUACAGCUGGUUCUCCAGUAUCUGGAGCAGGAGCACCGACUCUGAUGGGUAGGCGAUGGUUGCACCGCCAGAUUCAAAAUCUCCGUUCAAUCAAUAGGAUGAAUCUUAUGGCUGGUAGAUCCGACGGAAUACCAGCUGUUAAUACGGACAUUGAUUUUGUAAAUUCUCACAUUGAUCAGAGUAGGGGACCAACAGUUCAACAAGCUAGGAAACAAGAUGUGGGUUCUCAACCACAAAUAGUGUUCGAGGAGAGGUUACAGGAUUAUCCCUCUUCUUCAGUGCAAGGCAGGGACUUCUUUUCUUCAAGGUUGGAUCACUUAAGACGGCAAGCAGUUCAAGAAUUGACAACCCCUUCGUUAAGUACACCUGUGAACUUGACUUUGUGGCCUGAACUUGCUGGUAUGAGUUCAAACGGGCAACUCCCGAAUUGCAGCAAUGGAUCAAACAUUAGGCCUGACAGUCAUGAUUUGCCUUUUUCUGUUAGAGACGAGGAUAAUGUUUUGAUGGCCAAGGAACAAUUGCAUGCAAUGGUUAGAAGCCAUUUGAAAGCCUUUUCCAGUAGAAUCGAUUUAGACAACGGCACUCUCAAGGACAUAGCAACGAGUUCCAUGCAUACCUUACUGGCUGCUUGUGGACUUGAGCAUAGGAGUAGUGAGGUUCAAAUCGUGCCUCCGUCGUCAAAUUGUGUGCACGUUGAAAGAGUGGCAGCUGGACAGGCGAGCUUAAUGAAAGGCUGUUGCUUAACUUGUUUCGAUUCUCUUGUAAAAGAUGUAGUAAAGAGGAUCAUGGAUGCAAGAUCCCGACGGUGGUUAAGUUUAGGUCUUUAGAUCUUCGAUGUGGUAAAUGUAUCUCUCAGCGUAUUUUUUACUUUUCGAGUAGGAUUUAGAAGCAAAUU